AUGAGUGGACCACCUCAAGGAACACUAUGGAUAGACCUGCUACCCCUGAAUAACCCUGACUAUGUUAUUGGGAUUGAUACAGCGUUUUUCAAUGUCAAUGCUGUUUUCAAGGGUCUAAAAGUGAUCCCCGCUGGGCUUCAUCUUUUCCAUUAUGCUGAUGGAGAUAUGAGAGCAGGCAAGUGGCUUGAAUUCCAUGAUAACCAAGUGAUUUCCAUAUACUGGGACUGUGAGAAGGAACAAUUCCUACAAAAGACACCUGAUAUGGAUAAGGUUGCCUCUGAGUAUCAUCUUAUGGUGCUGUAUCCUGAGGAUAUCGAAGUUUGGACAUCGCUCACAAGGCAUAUAGAGAUGUGUGAUGUCCAAGCCAUCGGGCCAUCUGAGCCUAUAACUACUGCUACCCCUCUGAAAGAAGAGAAUUUGGUAUUGGAGAGAACGCUAAAAAGCAAAGAUCCAAACCAGGUGCUUCUGGAUCAGACCUCCGAAGAGCUUUCUUACACCAUAGUUCUGUUUAGAGAGACCGAGGGAAACAGUGACGAACAAAAGACAAAAAACGCCCUAGACCGCUCUUGGCAGCUACAUCAGCUAUACCCAUCAAAACGGCUAUUACUCUCGGAGCUCCAGAUUUCAUUUGUCCAUUUCUGUGUCCUAGCUAACCUAUGUUCAUGUACCCAAUGGACCACCUUGCUACGACUUGUGCUGCUGAGUGAGGCCUUUCUCCACGAGAAUGCAGAAGUUGCCAAUUGCUUCCUAGAAUUGUUCUUGGCCCAGCUCAAAAAGAUUCCAGAAGAGUAUGUGGGAGCAACAGAGCUCGGGUGGUGGAUAUCAAGGAGUUCACGGGCAUUUUCGAGAAGCUCGUCUCCAUAUUCCAGAAUUCUAGCCGGUGGCAUGCAAUUGACUCUGUUUGCCAGAGCCGGUUUGGCUUCCAGAUCAAGAAUCUCCAGGCCAAGUUCGAUGCUGACAAUUACGAGAUUUACGAUCUAA